AUGGGGUUCAACGUGCCGCUGAUCAACCGCGACUCGGAGCUGCUCAAAGCGGAGGCGAAAAAAUGGCUCGACCAGCCGGAGAACCAGAAAAAGGUCGUGCUGGUGAUCGUGAGCAUCGCGUUGCUGCUCGACAACAUGCUCUAUAUGGUCAUCGUCCCGAUCAUUCCUAAGUACCUCCGCGACAUCCACAACUACGAGGUCGCCUUCGAAGGAUACCACAAUGAGACGGAAAGGCUUGCUAACGGGACCUACGUCGUCAGGGAGGUCGGCGGGAGGAUAGAGUACCUCGACGAGGACAUCGAACUGGGAUGGCUCUUCGCUUCCAAGGCCCUUCUCCAGAUCUUCGUCAACCCCUUCUCCGGUUACAUCAUCGACCGUGUCGGCUAUGAGAUUCCGAUGAUCCUCGGCCUCGUCGUCAUGUUCUCCUCCACCGCCAUCUUCGCUCUUGGACGCUCCUACACCGUUCUCUUCUUCGCCAGGUCUCUUCAGGUUUGUAUUUAAUCUUAUUUUUGAGCUUUCCCUUCGCUUCUUGCUUAUGACGACUAGCGUGUUAGUUCAUAGAAAGAAUGUCUUUACAAGUUUUUCUAUUUUCUUUUCUGAAGCUAGCGACGAAUCACUCCGUCAAGCCCCUAGAGUAACUCAAAGCGCGUCCGACUCGAAACGGCUUUAGCUGAGGAGCAUCGAAAAGCACUAGAAAAGCGUGCUAAAUUUGAAAUGUACGGAAGCUUUGAGGCAUUCUAAUGCAAAAGAAAGUUCCAAAUCGAAAAAUAGUUAUAAAACUGAAAAAAUCAAGUCUCCAUAAUUUUUUUCCACAAUCUGAGAAUUUUCAGUUUCUGUAUUCCAAGAAUUCAUGCCUUUUUUUCUCUGAUAGUAUUACUCUAAAAUAAAAAAAUUAUUUUUGGUGGGAAACAGAAAAAUUUUUGAAAUAUUAGUAAAUAAUUGAGAAGCUAUGAAUUUUAGAAUUUUUUUCCAACUUACUUCACGGUUUUUCUCAUGAAAAUCGAGUUUCUUACUGGCUUGUUGGUAUUUUUUUGAAUUUUUAUUUAAAAAAAUUUAAAAAGAAAAAAAGUUCUUAAUAUGAGUAAAAAAACUUAUUCGAAAAAUUGUAACGGAUAACUUGUCGUUUCAGAAACAGCAAGUUCUUAUAUUAUUUUUCUUAAAAAAACUGAAAAAAACAAUCAUUCAAAGAACGGAUGACUAACUUUCCAAAUGGCGGCUCCAGUUUCAAAUACUCCUACUUUCCGCCAAAAACGACUUUUUUUUUCAGGAUUUCUUGCACCAAAAGUUCACUUUCCAUUGAGAAUUCUUUAAAUCGAGUCCUAUUUUCAAAAAAAAAAACGUCUUGAAAACAAGAAAGGAAAUAAAAAAGAUGUCAGUCGUAAAUCUUGGUGUCAGACGUUUUUUUUUUCUUGUUGCUUUUCCAUGUCGAUCUGUCUUGCAUUGCGGCCAUCUCAUUUCGAAUUCUCAACCAAAACAAAUGAGAGCCAAUUAGAAAGAAAGCAUCCGAGCAUCCCUUUUUCUCCCGGUCAAAGCACUGGUUUUUUCUUUCCAGAGAACUCAAGCAACCACGAAACUCUCUCGAAACUUUCAGCCAAUCAAUAUGAGAAAACUUUUGGAAAAACUUGUAUGUAAUGUGAGAAACGCUGAGUGAGAAGCUCUAUCUGAUAGAGAAGACCGCGGCGCCUCCGAAUCCCCAGGGAGUUGCUUCCGAAGAGCCUCUCGGCACAGAAAACCAGGCCAAUUCCAGUCCGGAACAAGCCUUUCUUAGGAUGUGAUGUCACUUUGGAUGAAGCAUGCUAAAUUUGAAGAAAAACGUGUUUUUUGAGGUCAAGAACUAGGAGCUCUGAAAAGUUGAAAAAUCAGAAUUUUCGAAUUAGAUAGCUUUUUUUCACUUAUCAGAUGUGCUGAUACAAAUAAAUUGUUUUUGAUUGAAAAAAAAUCCUUGCUGUUGCUGUAGUUUUUUUCGCAGCUUCUCUGCAUCUUUUCAUUUUUCUCACUAGAAAAUUUAAGACUUCUAGUUAAAAAAAAAUUGAAAAUAACAGGUUUAUUUGCAAAAUUUAGCUUGCAGACCUUAAAAUAGUUGGAAAAUAUAGUUUGCGCACACUUUUUAUAAUCAUUUAAAAAAAAUCCUUUUUCAGGGUUUCGGCUCAGCCUUCGCCGACACGUCUGGCCUGGCCAUGAUCGCGGAUCGAUUCACGGAAGAAGGCGAAAGAAGCGCGGCUUUGGGAAUCGCCUUGGCGUUCAUUUCCUUCGGAUGCCUCGUCGCACCUCCGUUCGGCUCUGUCCUGUACUCCCUGGCCGGCAAGCCUGUCCCAUUCCUCAUCCUUUCCUUCGUCUGUCUGGCUGACGCCAUCGCCGUCUUCAUGGUCGUCAACCCCCACCGCCGAGGUCCGACCGACGCCCGAGGCGAACGAGUUCAAGGCACUCCCAUGUGGCGUCUCUUCAUGGAUCCAUUCAUCGCCUGCUGUUCCGGAGCUCUCAUCAUGGCCAACGUCUCCCUGGCCUUCCUCGAACCGACCAUCACCACCUGGAUGGCCGAGGCGAUCCCAGACACGCCAGGCUGGCUCGUCGGCGUCAUUUGGCUUCCGCCCUUCUUCCCCCACGUCCUCGGAGUCUACGUCACCGUGAAGCUCCUCAGAAUGUUCCGACAGCACACCUGGGCGAUCGCCAUGCUUGGCUUGGCCAUGGAAGGCCUCUCCUGCUUCAUGAUUCCCUACACCUCCUCUGUCCUGCAACUCAUCAUCCCGCUCUCCUUUGUCUGCUUCGGAAUCGCCCUCAUCGACACCUCGUUGCUGCCAAUGUUGGGUCAUCUGGUCGACACUCGGCACGUCUCCGUCUAUGGCUCAGUCUACGCCAUCGCCGACAUCUCCUACUCGCUCGCCUACGCUUUCGGACCCAUCAUCGCCGGCUGGAUCGUCGGUAACUUCGGCUUCGGAGCUCUCAACGUCAUCAUUUGCGUCACCAAUGUCCUGUACUGCCCUGUCCUUUUCUUGCUCCGGAAAGUGCACGGGUAUCAAGACCUGAGUGAGCGACAGGAGCUCACCCAGCUCCCAGAACCUGCUGGUGGCUACGGACAAGUCGAUGGCGCCAAUGGAAAGGCUCCGGCGACGACGGCCUUCAAUGACUCCUACCAAGGCUGGGACUCGUCCUAUCAAGCUCCUCCGGCCGCCAGCUUCCAACAAAGCAAACCACAACCAGAAUUCCCCGCUGGAUAUGAUCCCUUGAACCCACAGUGGUAGCCGUUAGUUUUACUGUUCUAAUAAAGAAAUUGUCAGAGAAAAAAUAGUUUUUAUAAAGUCUUUAUUAUGAAUCGCCUCCGAAAAGCCAAACACCCCCUUGACCGAUGUUUCUUCGUUUUUCUUAUAUUGUCUAACUGUUCCAGAAAAAAAUGAAUAAAUUUAUUAAACUUUACACAAAGUUACCAUGAACAAAGCUUGAAGGUGGAUGGAAGUCGAAAAAAGUUUCGAAAUGAGAAAAUUUUUUAGCUGAAAGCAAAGAAGUAAAAAAUGGACGAACGACGAUGCUGCGGCUGGUAUGAGGUGAGGAUCGUUUCAGAGGGUCAUUUUUUGAUGAAAAUUCUUGAAAAUUACGAUAAAAAUUUUUACCAAUUUGUGGAAAGUCUCUAGAUACGAUGUUAUAAAUCGAAGACGUUUCAAAAAAAUAAAUAAUAAGUUCAGAAAAAGUGACAAGUAAACUUUUAAAAGGCAAUCUUGAAAAAAUCCCAAAAAAUAACUCCAAGACUUGUUUAUGGGUUGAGAAGAAGAAAAAGCUUAAUGUCCAACAAACUUAUGAAAAAAUGACCAAAUCAAACUUUUUGCUAACUUUGUCUUUACAGAAACCGAGUUCGUAUAACCUUCGAAAAACCACAUUUUAAAGUUCAAAUCUAUAAUAAAUAAAGAAAUUUGUAUAAUUCUCCGGCCAUUCAUCGAUUUGUCAUCGACAACUUUUUCCGCAUGAAUAAAAAUAAUUUAUAACUAUCGAAAUCUUUGAAAAAAAUUCAUAGUUUCAAGCUUCAAAUCAUUUCACAGACUGGCAAUCGUCGAAAAAAACAACCAAACUUGAUUUUUCAUUUUUUUCAAAAUUAAGGACUCAAUCUCAAUCUUACAACCCAUAA